GUUUAACAAUCAUAACCAAUUAUAAUGACAACACUCCGUAUGACAUUGGAUUCGGGUGGGGCACGUGUGUUAGUCAUCGGAUCUUCCUUCCAGACCGUCGCCGAUUGUCCGUUCAUUCGGAGCACUCAGCAUCUUCCGUGACGGGCCUCGCAUUCCCAAGAACUUGACACUUGCCCGGAAGCUAAACCCGGACCAAAAUGGCACAUCAGAAGUCGGUCACAGAAGUCCCGCGCUCCAUUCUCCCUCGUUUGACGUGGAACGGCUCCUCUGCUCGAACUACGGUCCCUCCGUGUCAGACAAACACCCUCUCGGCUAGACGACAACAGAAGCAGCGACAUAUACACGGAUGGAACUCACCUGGACGGCACAUCCAUACCUGGUCGCCUUCCUCCCGUCCCUCCGCCUCUGUCUCGUCGCUUCGAGAGCCCCGGUCGUCGUUAUCACCCGUUGGGCAAACACCUCUAACAAGAAGCGGUGCGACCAACCGCCCAACCUCCGAGACUGCCAGCAACCCUAUUAGAUACAAUGGCGUUUACGCUACCACCUUUAAAGCCGCUCGGCGAGCCUUCCAUGCCUCUGCAGUCCGACAAAGAGACCAUCAUUUUGAUACUUUGAAGUUUGUACAGCGAUUGAAAGAUGAAGGGUUCAGUGAGGAACAGGCCGUUGCUAUGAUGCGAGUUCUAAACGAUGUGAUCCAAGAGUCAAUCCAGAACCUGACUCGGACAAUGGUUUUGAGAGAAGACACCGAAAGAUCCACGUAUACGCAAAAAGUCGACUUUGCUAAGCUCCGCUCCGAGCUUCUCAAUGCGGACUCGACCGAAGCCCAAUUGACCCGAUCAUCACACGAAAAAAUCGCUGCCGAUCUUGCCAAGCUCAAUUCCCGCUUGCGUGACGAGAUAGGGCGUACACAAGCAUCUGUCCGCCUAGACUUGAAUCUGGAGAAGGGGCGGAUUCGAGAAGAAGCCAAUGGUCAAGAGAUGCGCAUUAAGGAGACAGAGACAAGAAUAGAGCAGGAGGUUGCGGGUUUGAGGGAACGGGUCGAGGCUGUGAAGUUCUCAACGUUACAGUGGCUUAUGGGUGUAUGCACUGGUACCGCGGCUCUGAUUCUGGGAGCGUGGCGUCUCUUUAUGUGAUUUGGGCCUAGCUACACUUAUCUCCCGCGGCGGAUACUGCUUUCCUUAUGCUUAAGUCUUAAGCCUUUUGUCUCCUUAUUGUACAAUAAUUCUCACUUCACCUCUCUAUAUCCCAGCUUCGUUCUACGGGCUGGCACUGGGUCUCUCUUUUUUUCCAUGUAGUUAUGUGCAAAUUCAGCCCACAGCUAGAAUGGUAGGAGCGGG